AAAAUAUUUUGGAAAGCAAAACCGCAGAGGCGCAUCAUUUCACGGUUUUUAACCAUUCAAGGGCCUGCGUAGGCACUAGAUAUGACUUCAAUGUUUGGAAUAGAUAAACAUGAAGUAGUGCGUAUGAAAGUAAAGAAGUGUGAUGGCCUGGUCCAGCCAGAGUACAAAAAGCUAUGUGUCGACCCUCAGAUUACAUCAUUUGAAGUGCUGCUGCAUCUCCUUGCAACUGCAUUCAAAAUUAAAGGGGAUUUCACGGUAUCCUAUCUGUCUAGAGAUGAGUACAACAGGGAGUGUUAUCUUUCUCUGCUAUCGGAUUGGGAUUUGGACGCUGCCUUCAUGAGUGCCUCGGACCCUCUGCUCCGACUUAAAGUUGACUUGAAGCCAUUUGAAGAAGGUCUAGAUGAUUGGGACAUUGUCGCACCAGGGGACAUCGGAACAAAUAGGCUAUCACAGCUGGUAGAGAAGUCAUCACUCCUUGGAUCUAUUACAGCCUCUGUCUCUAGUCAGAUGGGAAAGACUGUCUCAACUGUACAACAAGCUCUGGGUAUGAAAGUUGAACCUAGUGAAGUGAUGAAGCCUCUUAAGCUACCAAUGACAGAUGCUGAAUUCCACAACUUUAUGGAUGCUGUAGGACAUCUUGUUCAGCCCCAAGCUUUUCGUUUAAGUGUCUACCAGGGUGGGGUCGAGCCAUCACUUCGUAAAGUUGUCUGGCGCCAUCUAUUGAAUAUAUACCCCGAAGGUAUGAAUGGACGUGAAAGAUUUGACUAUCUGAAAUCAAAAUCGCAGGAGUAUUUUAGAUUACGGGAUGAAUGGCACAAAAAGCUCCAGUCCAGUGAGCAAAGUGAAGAGAUGAGAUUUGUGACGUCAAUGGUGAAAAAAGACGUGCUUAGAACUGAUAGGACGCAUAAAUUCUAUGCUGGUUCUGAUGAAAAUAAGAACAUUGUAUCCUUAUUCAACAUACUAGUCACUUAUGCCAUGACACAUCCAGACGUAUCCUAUUGCCAAGGAAUGAGCGAUAUUGCAUCUCCGAUUCUGGUCAUACAGAAAGAUGAAGCCCAUGCUUACAUCUGCUUUUGCGGGAUUAUGAAACGUGUGAAAACAAAUUUUAUGUUAGAUGGACAUGUGAUGAGUAUCAAGUUCCAGCAUUUAUCACUUCUUCUACAGCACAAUGACCCAGAGUUCUUUGCGUAUCUUCAACAGCAGGAUGCUUCUGAUAUGUUUUUCUGCUAUCGAUGGCUUCUCUUAGAAAUGAAGCGUGAAUUUCCAUUCGAUGAUGCUCUUCACAUGUUAGAGGUCAUGUGGAGCUCUUUGCCACCUGAUUUACCCGCCAGCAGCGGCCUUGAACUAUCUGACCCCAACUACAAUAUUAUCCAAUAUUCUAUGUCACCAUCUUCCCCGACACCUACAAACAAAACAAGCGCCUAUGAGAGACUCCGUUCUCUUAAGAGGGGAUACAGUCCAAAAACAAAAGACAUUAGCCCUAAACCGCGAGUUGUUCAAAGUGGUACAAAGUCUUUAACAACUGUUGGCUUCAAGGUCAACAGUAAUACAGGAAAAGAUGGGAAAAAUUCAAUGAAUGAUACAAUAACACCAUUGGAAGAAGAGAAACUUCUUGUCGAUGCAAAAGACUUUGAAUCUAUCGAGGACUCAGUUACUCAGUCAUUAUCAGAAAAAUCAUCAAGUAUAGAUCGUUCAUUUGGAAGUGAUGGGACCUAUUCAGAAAACAUGAAACCCUCAUUGGAGAGCAUUCACAAAAUUGAAGAGGACAUUACCACAAUUGAAGAGGACAUUCCAACAAUGGAAGAGGACAUUCCUGCUAUUGAAGAGGACACAAACAGGGGUGAGGAAGGCAAUCAAAACAGUAAUGCAGUAGAAAAUUCCAUAACUGUAAAUGCUGGAAAAUUAGAUGGUGCUGUUCAAAAGAGACUCGCAGAGAGUCAGAAACAAGACUAUGAUAAGAAAGCUACACAAAUUUUCAAUGAACUCAAGCAUAAUCCAAAUGGACCAAGGCAAAAUUGUGUUGGAACUACACAAAAGCGUGAUGAAAUUACUCAAAAUUCCAAACCUGAAAGGCAUUCUGAAUUUUAUGUAUCUCUAGAUGAGGACUCCAGUGGUCCAUUGGAUAAUGAACGAAUACGUCAUUGCAGUAAAGUAAGUGAUUCCAGCAGUGGAACAGGCCAGUCCCAUUUUUAUGUCUCCUUGGACUCCACGGGUGAUCACGCAACUGGAUCUUCAACUAAGCGUCCAAAUGAUAUUCCAAUUAUAAAUGUUCACCAAACAGAAGAUGAUUUCAGUGGAAAUUCCACAGAGUCCACCAUUCGUCAUGGUAAUACUGAGGUCCAUACAGAUUCUGGGUACACUGACAGUUCUUGUGAAGUUGCUGCAUCAGAUUCGGCGACAAAUUCCAGUGAUAUCGCCCAGGAUUCACUCUCAAUGGAAUAUACAAAAUUUACGCAAGAAUUACCACCAUUGCCAGCCCCAGAUGAAUUCGGCCAGGGCAACCCCUUUCUGAUUUUCCUCUGCCUGACACUCCUGCUCCAGCAUAGGGACCAUAUCAUCCACAACGAUAUGGAUUAUAAUGAUCUUGCCAUGCAUUUUGAUAAGAUGGUGCGUAAACAUAACAUGCCAAGAGUGUUAAGACAAGCUCAGUCUCUAUAUGCUGCAUAUUUGCAGUCACAGGCAAGGCUUGCUGCUGAGAACAGAGAAAGCACAGAAUAUGGGAGUAUCUAG